AUGGCAGAGCCGAAGAAGAUUAUUAUCGAUACCGACCCUGGCAUCGAUGAUGCAAUGGCUAUACUUCUGGCGCUGCAAUCACCGGAAGUGGAGGUGAUUGGACUCACAACCAUAUAUGGGAACGUUUACACCACUCUUGCUACCAGAAAUGCUUUGCAUUUG